UUCUUAAGCUUUUAAUUUCCUUUUUAUUUUUUGUAUUUUUUUUUUUACUUUUUAUACCCUUUUACAUAAGCGUAAUCUGCAUUUGAGCAUCUUCAGUAUAUUUUGCGAAAUUCUAAAAUAUAUUUAAAGAUAUUUUAUCACUCAUCAAUAAUGCGGGAAUGUAUUUCAAUUCACAUUGGACAAGCUGGCGUUCAAAUGGGCAAUGCCUGCUGGGAGUUGUACUGUUUGGAACAUGGAAUACAACCUGAUGGCCAGAUGCCAACUGAUAAUUGCGAUGAAGCAUAUACUACUUUCUUUUCCACAAAUAACAACGGUAAGCAUGUGCCACGAUCUAUUCUUGUUGAUUUAGAACCGACAGUAGUGGAUGAAGUCCGUACAGGUACAUAUCGGAGCUUAUUUCAUCCUGAUGCUUUGAUAACUGGUAAAGAAGAUGCAGCUAAUAAUUACGCUUUUGGUCAUUAUACAGUUGGUAAGGCAAUUGUAGAUAUCGUACUCGAUCGCAUACGAAAACUAGCUGACCUAUGUGAAAACAUACAAGGAUUUUUAUUAUUCCAUGCUACAGGUGGCGGCACAGGCUCUGGUUUCACUGCUCUACUUAUGGAACGCUUAUCUGUAGAUUAUGGUAAAAAAGCAAAAUUUGAAUUCGGUAUUUAUCCCGCACCACAGGUAUCAACAGCUGUUGUAGAACCUUACAACGCUGUACUAGCUACACAUAUCACUUUAGAACAUUCAGAUUGCUCUUUUAUGGUUGAUAAUGAGGCUAUCUAUGAUAUAUGCAGACGUAACUUGGAUAUUGAACGACCAACCUAUACUAAUUUAAAUCGUUUGAUAGCACAAAUUGUAUCUUCAAUAACAGCUUCCUUGCGCUUUGAGGGUGCUCUAAACAUCGAUUUAUCUGAAUUUCAAACAAAUUUAGUGCCAUAUCCUCGUAUACAUUUUCCAUUGGCCACUUAUGCUCCACUUAUCUCACCUGAAAAAGCCUAUCAUGAGCAAUUGUCAGUUGCAGAAAUCACUAACGCUUGCUUUGAACCAGCAAAUCAAAUGGUUAAAUGUGAUCCACGUAAUGGAAAAUAUAUUGCUUGCUGUAUGCUUUAUAGAGGUGAUGUUGCUCCAAAAGAUGUCAAUUCAGCUGUUGGUGCUAUUAAAACAAAACGUGCUGUUAAAUUUGUAGAUUGGUGUCCAACUGGUUUCAAAGUCGGUGUUAGCUAUCAGCCACCAACACAUGUGCCUGGCGGAGAUUUACCUAAAGUGCAACGUGCAGUGUGUAUGACAUCCAAUUCAACGGCAAUAGCCGAAGCUUGGGCGCGUUUGGAUCGAAAAUUUGAUCUAUUGUAUUCGAAACGAGCUUUUGUACAUUGGUAUGUAGGUCAGGGUAUGGACGAAAACGAAUUCUCAGAAGCUCGAGAAGAUUUGGCUGCUUUGGAGAAAGAUUACGAAGAAGUGGGUAUGGACUCCGAAGGAAUGGAAGUUGAAACUAUGGAGGAAGAUUAAAAAAAUUGGAAACAGUUUAAAAUUGGUGACAAACACGCUAAAUGCAAUAAAAAUUUAGCAAUAAAA